AUGGGUGGCACAUCGACAAAGAUCGCCUUUGAAGUAUGUGUGGUCAGUGGAGAUUAUACUGGAGACGAGCUUGGUCCUGGUGUCAAUAUGGUCAUGUUCGAUUCAAUGGGCAAUCAGUCACCAACAAUUACUCUAGCUAACAUCUUUCAAAAUGAAUCAGACUACACCCAAGCCAAAUUUACCAUCGACUUUCAACCCUGGAGCAAAUUAAAGGUCUUUCGCCGUCUACAUCACAUCGAAUUCUGGUGUACCACGGAAACAAAUCCGCCUCCAGCCUGGUUUCUGGAUAGGGUUAUCAUACGGGAUCGGAGGUUUGGUAUGACUGCCGAAUGGAAGUAUUUCUUUUUUCCUGUGCAUCAGUGGAUUAGUCCGGAUCACCAAUACGUGGUUCAUGACUGCGAGUCGUGGUUACCAAUACAGGAUCCUUUUCCAGAUUUACGUGAUGCAGAAAUCAGCACACGGUUACAGUUUUUCACAUUUUUUCAACGAGCUAAAGGUCUUCCCGUCGAGUGGAACAUUGAGCCACUAGUGAUGGAAGUGAUUGAACGCUAUGGACUUGCACCUGAAUACACAAGUGAAGAACCUUGGAGCUCUUUAGAUGAGCUUGGAAGUUUUUAUAAAAAGUAUAACGUCACGGAGCCUAUGAGUUUACAGUUUUGGAUGAUGAAUGACAUUUGCUUCGGUGCUCAGCGGAUUCGGGGUUGCAAUCCGUUCAUGAUACGGCUCUGUCAACAACUGCCAGAAAGGUGA